AUGUCGCGCAAAAUCAUUGUAUCAAAUAUCUCCUCGACCGCCUCUGAGAAGUCUGUCAUGGACUUUUUCCUCUUCUGCGGUAAAAUAAAAGAAUUCGAAUUGAUAAAAAACGUGUCAUCUGACCAGCAGACUGCCUACAUCAUGUUCGAGCGAGACACAGCCGCCAAAACGGCCUUAAUGCUUACAAACGCAGUCAUCGGUGACAGUCAAAUCAAAGUAACUUUAGCAGACGACGGUUCUUCUUCAGACGAAGUAUCAGAACAUGACGGCUACCUCUCUCAAGAAGACAAACCAAAAGCCGCCAUUUUUGCCGAAAUACUCGCUGCUGGCUUCCAGCUCCAGGAUCACAUUAUCGAACGUGGGUUACAAUUUGAUGCGCAAUACGGAUUAUCUAACAAAUUCAAACAGUACCUUGCACAGUUGCAAGAACAAUUGAAAGUAUUAGACGACAAGUAUAAAGUUACCGAGUUGGUUACGUCAAAAGCUGUCGAAUUGGAUCAAAAGUAUCAUGUGCAAGAUAGCGUAAAGAGAGUAGCAUCACAAGCCCAGGAUAAGGCUAAUUCAGCACUGUCUACUUUGACCGGUAAACGAUUGGCAGACAUCUACUUUUCAACAACGAAAGUUGUGAGCGAUGUUCAUUGUGAGGCUAGGAGAAUUGCUAAUUUGAAGCGGUCACUAAAAGUCACAGAAGUCGCAGCUCACUAG